AUGUAUGAGAACACGUUGAAGCCAUUAGUCGAAGAUUUUCUCAAGGGAAAAAGUAGGAUGUUGGCGGCAAUGGGGCCGAGUGGAUCGAGGAAGACACUCACAGUUUUUGGCUGCGCAAGGGAGCCUGGCAUGCUGCUGGCACUUCUUAAAUUGGUUGUUCAACUCGGUUACCAAUGCAUCAGUUUGCUGAUUGGCGAGGAAAUGGCAUUUCCUCCGUUCAUACCCCAAAUGGGACUUUGGGAUUUUGCUCAAUUUAGUCCAGGUUGGGAUUUUCUUGAGGGAUUUUGGAGGGUAAUAAUUGAGUUUUGUGCUGGGGCGAUGACAAUAUUUCUGUCUCCAAACCCCAAAUCCCAGAAGUCAAAAAGCAAGAAAUUGUGA